AUGGCAGCGGACAAGCGCGUGCCGCGGAACCCGUACAACUUCACGCGUGAAGACUAUGAUGAUCUGGUGCAGCAGGUACCUUCGUGUCGCGUGAGUGCGCGGUCCAAGUACCACGAGAUCGAGCUCGUAGAGGACUGUACCCUGUUUGAGAUGUACCGCCAGCCUCGGGUGCCUGUGAGCGACCGAAAAGCGACCAAAACGCUGUCGAUGCGGCAAUUGAAUGCCGAUCUGACCUGUCCCAUCUGUCUUGGCAUCAUCAAAGAGACAAUGGUGGUCAUGGAGUGUCUGCACCGGUUCUGUCGCGCCUGUAUCUCGACGGCGAUUCGCCAUAGUAAACGCGAGUGUCCGUCGUGUCGCAUCCACAUUCCGUCAAAACGGUCGCUACGACCGGACGUGACGUUUGACGCGUUCAUUGCCACGGUGCAUCCGAACCUAGAGGCAUUUGAACGCCACGAGGAUGAGAUCAUUGAACAGGUGAACCGCGCACGGCGGUGCCACGCGGUUCAGAGCAAUCUUGAUGGAGAUACGACAAGUACAGAUCAAGGAACAGCAGCUGAAGCAGCAGGGUACCCGUCUAUUGCUCGUCGGCAGAGCGGAAGGAUUCAUGGCGAGAAUGCAGUGAACCUGUCACGUCCGUCGUCUCCAGUGUAUGGCGAGGGACCAUUGGUUGGUGAGAAGCGCCAUUCGCCUGAUGGUGGCUCACCUCGUGCGAAUAGAUUGUUGUCUGCUGCUGGUUCAGAAGAUGAAGGACCGGCUGCACGCAAGAAGUUACGAAACGCAUCAAGGUCGAGUACGUUGAUGUCGGCAGUUGCUUCUGAACGCGUGAACUUGCGCGUGUUGCUACAUGACGACGAGCAGUUGAGACUCCCGAUACUGGAGCGCACGCUUUUUACCACGUCGUCCAAGCUCAAAGUCCGGCAUUUGAAGAAGCACCUUGCUACGCUGCUCAAGCUCGACACAUACGAUCGGUUGUGUAUUGUCUUGCCGACUGUGAACUGUACGCUCAGUGGCUUGAGUGAGCUGGCCAAGAAGCAAAAAAGUAGCGGCGGUGGUAUUCGACAAGAUCUGCUGUGCGAUCAAGAGCUCGAGGACUUUGUGACUAUAAGAGAUAUUUAUCAGCAGUACGGCAUGAGUACGGAUUGGGAGCUACGUCUGCUGUACCACUUUUCCUCGGGUACCAUCAUCAAUGGCAUCGCUCGCUUCGUGCCAGCGGCAUCUUGUACCACGUGA